CCACCUUCCUCCUUCCGUGCCACCCAUCGCCCCAGGCACACGCGCCAUGUCCGCGGAGACUUACCUACAGGGCGCGGAGAUCUCCGCCUCCCAGUUUUUCGAGAUCUGGCGUCAUUACGACUCUGACGGCAAUGGGUACAUGGAUGGAAAAGAGCUGCAGGAUUUUAUCCAACAGUUGCAGCAGGCACGAAAGAAAGGAGGACUGGACCUAACCCCAGAAAUGAAAAGUUUUGUGGACCAGUUUUCAAAGACUUCUGAUGGGAAAAUAGGAAUAGUAGAGCUUGCUCAGGUAUUACCAACAGAAGAGAACUUCCUCUUAUUCUUUAGGUGUCAGCAGCUGAAAUCAAGUGAAGACUUCAUGCAGACAUGGCGAAAGUAUGACAGUGACCAUAGUGGCUUCAUUGAUGCUGAAGAGCUAAAGAGCUUUUUGAAAGACUUACUACAGAAAGCACAUAAGCAGAUCGAAGAUUCAAAGCUGGCAGAAUACACAGACAUCAUGCUCAAGAUUUUUGAUGACAACAAUGAUGGAAAGCUGGAACUGACUGAAAUGGCUAGAUUGCUCCCAGUACAUGAAAACUUUAUCCUAAAAUUUCAGGGUAUCAAAAUGUGUGAAAAGGAGUUUAUUAAUGCUUUUGAUACAUUUGAUUCGGAUGGGAACGGCUACAUAGAUGAAAAUGAAUUAGAUGCUUUGCUGAAAGAUCUCUGUGAAAAGAACAAGACGGUAUUAGAUAUUAACAACAUUGCAACAUACAAGAAGAACAUCAUGGCCUUGUCUCAUGAAGGGAAGCUUUACCGACAGGAACUUGCUCUUCUUCUCUGUGCUGGGGGAAAUUAGAGCCCUUUGAUCACUUCCACUUAACUAGUGAUAUAUUAUAUCUUAAUAACAAACAAACAAUAACUGUGCACUAUAAGGGAGUAGGCUUUACUUUCUUUUAUACCUUGUAAAUUUAAACUGCAUAUAGAUAAUUAGCCAGGAUAUGUGGCACAUUCUUUUCAGCUUGUUUCUAUACUGUUUGUAAUGUACAGUUUUUGUAACUAUAAGAUCGAUAAAGAGGAUGUCUAUGUUUGGGCCAGUCUGUUGAUUCAUUUACAAACAAAAUAACAUCCUAAAAUGGUCCUUGUUUCCAUAAAAAAUGGUGGGAGAAGAUUUUAACACUCAGCUGAGACAAGUUUUGGCUUGUUAUAUCCUUUUGUUGCUUGCUGCUGCUACAGCAAAAAUGAUCUCCAUGAACUAAAAGGUCUUUCUGACCAUUAUGGAGAGAAGCACAGGUUCAAA